CAGGGUCUGGCUGAGUGACGGGGGAGGGUAUCCGCGGCUCCCGCAGACACAGAGACGUCGCUUUACAGUAUCCGCCAUCUUACUCUGCACCGGGACCAACCGGCUGAGCAUCCGGACCUACUCACACACGAAGUGUUCCCCAGGAGCUCAGGCUGCUCAGCGCACACCCUCUUGGGCUCGGCAGCCGGGAGACUUCACUCUCUGGAUAUAGCGGCACCGGUAGAGGGCGGACAAGAUGCCGGGGAUGUGCUGGUGCUCCCCGGCCGGCCUACUGCUCGUCUUAGGGCUGCUGUGUGGGGCUUUAUCUGCUAGAGUAAACAAGCAUAAGCCAUGGAUUGAAACGACGUACCACGGGAUUGUAACAGAGAAUGAUAACGCAGUUUUAUUGGAUCCUCCACUUAUAGCCUUGGAUAAAGAUGCUCCCCUCCAGUAUGCAGAGAGUUUUGAGGUGACAGUCACCAAAGAAGGUGAAAUUUGUGGCUUUAAAAUUCAUGACCAGGAUGUCCCCUUUGAAGCAGUGGUAACUGACAAAUCCACUGGUGAGGGAGUGAUUCGUUCUACUGAAAAGCUGGACUGUGAGCUACAAAAGGACUAUACUUUUACCAUCCAGGCCUAUGACUGUGGGAAGGGACCGGACGGCUCUGGCAUGAAGAAAAGUCAUAGGGCGACUGUGCACAUUCAAGUGAACGAUGUGAAUGAAUAUUCUCCAGUUUUCAAGGAAAAGUCAUACAAAGCAACCGUGAUUGAAGGAAAGAAAUAUGACAGCAUCUUAAAAGUGGAAGCUGUGGAUGCCGACUGCUCCCCACAAUUUAGUCAGAUCUGCAGUUAUGAGAUUGUUACUCCUGAUGUUCCUUUCACUAUUGAUAAAGAUGGUUAUAUCAAGAACACAGAGAAAUUGAACUAUGGAAAAGAUCGUCAGUAUAAACUUACAGUCACCGCCUAUGAUUGUGGGAAGAAGGCGAGCCGGGAGGACAUAUUAGUUAAAAUAAGCAUUAAACCCACAUGCAAUGCCAGCUGGCAAGGUUGGAACAAAAGAAUAGAGUAUGAACCUGGUACCGGAUCACUUGCUCUUUUUCCCAGCAUGCAUUUGGAGACUUGUGAUGAGCCAAUCACUUCAAUACAAGCAAAUGUGCAGCUAUAAACCAGCCACAUUGGCAAAGGCUGCGACAGAGAUACAUACUCAGAAAAGUCAAUUCACCGUCUCUGUGGAGCUAACUCCAACACAGUUGAGCUUCUCCCCAAUCCCAACAGCCGUACCAUGACUAUUGGGCUUCCAACCGAUAAUGGGCAUGAUAGGACCAGGGUAUUCGAGUUCAAUGGAACUCAGGCAGUAAAAAUUCCAGAUGGAGUAGUGACAACUGAUCUGAAGGAGCCAUUUGUCAUUUCUGUGUGGAUGAGGCACGGACCUGGAGGGCGUGAGAAGGAAACCAUUCUGUGCAAUUCUGAUAAGAUAGAAAUGAACCGUCACCACUACUCUCUCUACAUCCACAACUGUAAACUGGGAUUCCUGUUUGCCAAGAGUCCAGACGAAGAGAAGACCUACAAAACAGCUGAAUUUCACUGGAAGUUAAACCAGGUCUGUGAUAAAGAAUGGCACCACUUUGUUCUGCAAGUAGAGUUUCCCACCGUUUCUUUAUAUGUUGAUGGUGUUUCAUAUGAGCCAUUUACUGUGACAGAAGAUUAUCCCCUGCAUCCUACUCAGAUUGACACCCAGCUGGUGGUUGGUGCAUGUUGGCAAGAGUAUUCAGGAAAUGGAAAUAUCACUGACCCAAUGCCAGAAAGUGAUGCAGGAGGCGAGCAGCACAUGGCCCAGUUUUUCCGUGGGAACCUUGCAGGUUUGAUGAUACGCUCUGGUAAACUAGAAAGCAAGAAGGUGAUUGACUGUUUAUAUACCUGCAAGGAGGGGCUGGAGUUCCAGGCUGCUGAAGGCAUCGGGAAAGGCAUGAAGAUCAACUUAAGCCCCAGCCAGUCUGGUCUGUCUUUGGAAGGUGACGAUAUAGAUCGUUUUGACCAAGCAAUGCAGCACAUUUCUUACUUGAACUCUCGCCAAUUCCCCACACCUGGGAUAAGACGUCUUAAAAUCACCACCACAGUAAAAUGCUUCAACGAAGAGACCUGUAUGUCCAUACCUGACAUUGAGGGAUAUGUCAUGGUGCUACAGCCAGAGGAACCCAAAAUCAGCCUUAGUGGUAUAGACCACUUUGCCCGCUCUGCAUCAGAGUUUGAAAGCAAUGAGGGUGUGUCUCUCUUCCCAGAAUUGCACAUUAUUAGCACAAUCACACGUGAGAUUGAACCGGAGGGUGAAGGAGAAGAUGAUCCAACAGUUCAAGAGUCCCUGGUCUCUGAGGAAAUUGUGCACAAUCUGGACACGUGUGAGAUCACCGUGGUGGGAGAGGAGCUGAACCCAGACCAGGAAAGUCUACAAGUGGACCUUACUCACCUGCAGCACAAAGGCCUGGAGAUGAGCAGUUCUAACCUGGGAAUGACCAUAACAGGUGUUGAUACAAUGGCUAAUUACGAGGAGGUUCUGCACCUGAUCCGCUACAGGAACUGGAACACGGCCACCCUCUUUGAAAGAAAAUUCAAGUUAGUCUGCUCAGAGUUAAAUGGCCGAUACAACAGCAACGAGUUUCAAGUGGAGGUUAAUGUCAUCCACACCGCUAACCCACCCGAGGCUCCAAACCACGCAAUGGCUCAGCCACAGUUUAUCCACCCCGUACAUCACUCAUUUGCUGAUUUGUCUGGACACAACCUGGCUAACCCGCACCCAACAUCUGUUGUCCCCAGUGCAGCCACCAUCGUUAUAGUGGUCUGUGUCAGCUUUCUGGUGUUCAUGAUAAUACUUGGAGUAUUCCGUAUUCGUGCUGCCCACCAGCGCACUAUUGGGGACCAGGAAGGAGGGAAGGAGAAUGAGAUGGACUGGGAUGAUUCUGCUUUAACCAUCACAGUGAAUCCUAUGGAGACUUAUGAGGACCAGCACAGCAGUGAGGAAGAAGAGGAAGAGGAGGAGGAAGAUGAGGAAAGUGAAGAUGGUGAGGAAGAUGACAUCACCAGUGCUGAAUCUGAGAGCAGUGAGGAAGAGGACGGAGCACAAGAAGAGGACCAGCAGAACGUGAUCCGGCAGCAGCAACUAGAAUGGGAUGACUCAACCCUUACCUACUGAUUUGCUGUCUCCCAGCGCCACACAGUCACCACAGCACACUCCUCCUCCUGCAGAAUCACCAUGUAAAAAGUCAUUCCAGACCUGUCCAGCACAUGUUCCAACCAGACACAAGGAAUUAUUUGUGCCCCUCUCGCUAGUAACUGGGUCAUGUAAUACAUUGUUUUGAUUCAUCCUGAACUUUUCUUCCUCGUUCUCUCUGCUGCUUCGUGUGAUGCAGAACACAGCCACAUCUGGACUUUGUUUCUCAUUCCUUGUUUCUCUUCUGCAAGAUGCAAGCGUUACUGUGGGCAGGGGCACAGGGACUAUACACAGACUGGAGAUUCUAUGGUUUUGUUUUUUCCCAGCUUAGUGCAUGUAAAAAAAAUGUUGGCAAGAGCUACAGAGGAAUCCACUUGCCUGUCUGAGGGGCUAGACUGUGCUGACCAUAGCUGGCCAUCAGAUGGGUCACUUGUAAAUUAUGUUACAAGUCUCUCAGACAGCAGAGUGGAAAUGUUAUUUAGAAGAUUAACUAACUUUUUAACAUUUUCUGUAAAUAUGUUGGGAUACAUGUAAUUAUGUCCAUUUUAGUGGUGUAAAUGGGGGCUUAGUUGGAAUAUAUGUUGGCAGUAGUGCCAGUAUCUUGUGCAGCCUCAGUGAGGUGGUCUCCGAGGCUGGCAGAGGUCUGCAGUCUUUCAUAGUGAUUGAGAUAACUUCAUGCAAGGUAUUGCGGAAAGGUAACUUAACACCUUUACUGCCCAGUGUUUUUAUUAUCAACAUGAUGUGAAAUUGAAGCACUGAGUCGUAAUUUUGUUAUGCCAGCAGUGAGGUGGUGUUUAAGCUCUGUUAAAACAGUGCCCCAAAUCUUUAUUGGAUUUAAAUGCGCCUCUUUAUUGCAAUAAACAGCAGUGUGGUAAUACGCCACUGGUGUAAAAGGGGUUAACUGAGUAAAAAUUAUUUGCAGAGCAGGCAGAUAUAAAUAUGGGUACGUCUAUCGUCCAGCCGACAAAUGGGUACGUUUAAUGUACUGAAGAGGAAAGCAUGGAUGGAAUCCAUAUCCGAUUUUAGUAUCCUUCCUCCCUCCUCUCACCUUUCAUGCAGUUAUUGGUGAAAUAACUGCUUUUUACACGUGAGUUGGGAUUUUGUUUACAUUUUAACUUUUAUUUUAUUAUAUUUUCUUCCCUACUGUAAAUUGUGCUAAAAUGAUCUUGUGAAACAAGUGAUGUUGUGUUCCAGGAAUGCUUUCCUGUUGGUAGCUGCCGACCUAAAGAAAUGUAAAAGCCAUUUGGGGCUUGUAUGCGAUUGAAACUGAUGGAUUUGUUCAGCUGUAAAUAUGCUGUACACAAGUAAGCACUGGGUAUACAGUGUGCUUUAUUGAGUUUCCUGUAAACGCCUGUCUGGAUUGUCCCUUUACCACAAGAUUGAUAAAGUUUUUGGUUCAAUGUUCUUUCUGAACACCAUAGCCAGCAUAACUUAAUUUUAAAUUCUUACCUAUGAAUAGAGAGGUUAAUGUUAGACAUUGUACAGAGCGUAAGAAAGACUCCUAAUAGCGGGUUCGACGGAUGUCACUGUCUUACCCAGCUUUAUUCAACGUUUGUCAGGUUGUUUUUUCUGUCAGGUAAGUGAAAGCGUCAAUAAAAUGGACAUUAUUAGUCUGAUUUUGUUUAGAAAAGUUUGUAGCCAGAAUUCAGUGGUUUAAAUAUUUUGUUUAAAAACGAUAAGAAUGUUGGACAGUGAUGGUAAAAAAAAAAAAAGUUAAAAGCAACAUUUGGAAUGGCAAUGUGAGAAUAUAUUGGAAAUGGUAUUGUAGGACCACAAUAUUAUGCAUAGGAAUUGUGUGUUGUCUUUGCUUUAGUGGGAAAAAGCAAGUGCGUAGGCGCACUAUCAUGCACGGGAGGUGGAAAGCUGCAGACCAACUAUUUAGGGCUUUUUUUUUUUGUUUCUCAUAAAUGUACAUUUUUAGAUUUUUAAGCAAUUGGGGAAAUGGUUUUAAUGACUCAAGUGACAAUGUGAUAACUCUUAACCGCUAGCUUUUGCGUAACCUGGGUAAUUUUAACUUAUGUUUGACAGUUGUUCUGUGUUCAUGUUGAUGUGUAGAACAGUCCUUCCAUUUUAAUAUCGCUGUAGCUGCUGUAUUUAGACUAAUCAAAUGCAACAUAAAAGUCAGUCGUUAAAGAGUUAUAAACUUUCUGAUGCUGUAUGUAGCCGCUAUGGAUAUAACUUUUCAGAUUUGUAUAUUGGUGAUAGGUCAAUUUGAACAGUCUAUAAGCUACAAUAAAUUUCUGGUUCUAAAUACAGACUUUCAUUUUUCUUAUUGUUCAAAAAAAAGUUAAUAUAGUAUGUUUACAGAUAUGGCACCCAAUCAGUUAUGAGCGUGUGGAUUUGGUUAUAAGCAUUCUCUCAUAAGAAUGUUGUGUGUGCACUAAAGCAUUACAGUUUUAAUAUCAGUUUGUUUUAAGGUUUUAGUCUCUUGGUCAUAAUGUUUUUGGAAUAGUAUAGUACCAUUUUUACAGCAUUUAUAAACAAAAGCACCCUGUUUAAAAGUUAAAAAAUAAAUAAAAUGAAAAAUUGAUUAAAGGGACUUGUGAUGUACCAAAUCUGCACCUGUCACUUGUUUGGCACAGAAAGGGUUAACAGACCCUUUCCACCUUAACCAAUUUCUCAGUCUAGCCACUCCAAGCAAACAUGUGACUUAGUUCAAUGGGUGCAAGGGUUAAGAAACAAUGUCUGGUUUAUUCUAGACCUAAAAAAAAAAAAUCCAAACCUCCCCUUUAAUGCCACCCACACUAAAUAUCUCUAAGCUGCCACCACCUAUAAUUAUUAUAAUAGGGAAUCUUAAGGAAAACCACAGACUAACAGAUUAAAGAUCCUAAACUCAAAUUAGCAAAAAUGAAUCUAAAAAAACACAGUAAUAAUAUCGGCAGUCUUUCAGUAAUGUGGUUCAAAUAUUAGAUAAAGGCAAAACUUAAUAAAGGAACAUUUAUUAUGAGCAAAAAAAGUCACAGUGAAUUUAUAUAAGAGAAAUGUAUUGACUAAAAUUACACACAACAAACAGUUGUAAAACAAAAGUAGAAAAUAUUAUAGAACCUAUCACUUUACAUGAAGAAAUAUAGACUCUGUUCCAGAGAAAUGGAAUUGAAAUUGGUCAGAUACCUUGUUAUCAACAGCUUCCAAUGUAGAAUGACAUUAUUUUGUUGAAAUAAGUUAUAUACCAUUUUCUCUAAGAUCAAAUUUCUUGGCAGUCCCCGUUUCAGAGUGGUGAAAUAGUGACCACCCCUCUUCUUUAUGGCAUGUCAUAACACACUAAAUCCUUUGCUGAAAUGAUAGAACAACUUAUAACUUUUUGUUAUGAAUAUCCAGUACAUAAACGCACACAAUCCCGUUGUGACAUCAUGAGGAUUAUGUUGAUACCAAAUAUGACAUGGCUGUCAUAUUUCUGUCAUCUAGUGUCAUUUAUGUGAUAAAAGCAUGCUUCAAUAUAUACUAGUGUUACCGUUUGACUGACCUAGCCUGUGCUGUAGACACUGUUUUCUGUCACUGUCCUUGUAGUCUUUGAAUAAUAAAAUCCACUGUAGUGCAAAAGCUUAAAGGGACAUUAUACACUAAAUUUUUCUUUGCAUAAAUGUUUUGAAGAUGAUCCAUUUACAGUGUAUAGCCUAUACAGCUUUUUUUUUUCUUUAAAUGUAUAGUUUUGCUUAUUUUUAAAUAACAUUGUGCUGAUUUUCAGACUCCUAACCAAGCCACACAAUUUUAGAAGAAUGCUGAUGUAUACCUACUUCAGCUUGCCCCUGUUUGUUUAAUUAGUAUUUUCAUAUGCAGGAGGGAUUGUCUGCUUUUUUGCUAUAGAACCAAUUUGCAGUGGGUGUUCCAGUUAACCAUUUCAACAGUGCUAAACUGUUAGCUUCUAAGUAAGUUUUUAAACGGUUUUAUACUGGAUUUUUAGAUCGGUAUCUGUGUAUAUUAUUCUUUAUAGUAGUGUCUAUUACAUGCAGUUAAAUGAAAGUUGGUUUAUACUGUCCCUUUUAAUUACCCCCACCCAUGUAUCCUGUUAAACCAGGUGCAGAUAAGUCAGUGAUCCCAUAAGUCUGAUUCUUUUAGACAUUUCUAAUACAGGGUUCUAAAUAACAGAGAAGCAAAGACAAAUUAACCACUAACAUCCUAAAAUCACAAAGCCUUCAUGACGGGACUUGCUUAGUUUAUUCCACAUUUAUCUCUUCAGAUUCUAGUGAUCUAUAAAUUAUUCAUGUAGCUGCAAGAUUAACUAUUUACAUUUGAAAAACCCCUUUACAAGGCUUCUCUGACUGCCCCCAGCCUACACUUGUAUUUCUCAAACUCCCCAGCAGGUGGUACAGCCAAUGAGAAAUCUGCUGCUUGAGCUAUAAAUUUCCUGUUAUGCACUCUUCAGUUUCACCCUGGCUGCUCAAAGCACACAUACUACAUAUACUAUACAAGCAACCUUAACCAGGCGCACGCGCAAUGGGAAGGAGCAGUAGUGGGUCUUAUGAACUAGAGGAGUCUUGUAUGAGAGCUUUUUUCGUUCCAGCUACAUUAUUAAUUUGUAGCUCACUAGAAUGUUUAAAGGGACAUAACACCCCCAGAAAAAUCUUAAAUGAUUCUGAUAGCUUUCCAAUUUACUUCUAUUAUCAACUUUUCUUUGUUUUUGUGUUAUCUUUUGUUGAACAGCAGGGAGGUAAGUUCAGGAGUGUGCACGUGUCUGCAGCACUACAUGGCAGCAGUUUUGUAACAAUGUAAUACAUGAGCAAGAGCACUAGAUGGCAGCACUAUUCUCUGUCAUGUAGUGCCUCAGACAUGUGCAUGCUACCUAUCUAGAUAUCUCUUCAACAAAGAAUAACAUGAGAAUGACACAAAUUUUAAUAGAAAAUUAAUUGAAAACUUUUUUUAAAUUGUAUUCUCUAUCUGAAUCAUGAAAGAAAAUGUUUGUGUUUCAUGUCCCUUUAAUGCACCUAUGCACGUUUAAUGUAUUCCAUAUUUACUGUCUCUUUAAAGUCAUUUUAUCUAUGCAUAGUAUGUAUCCGUAAUUAAGCAGUGCAUUGUAAAAUAUAUGCAUUGAAGUAAAUAUUUUUCAGAGCAAUCCAGGGAUGAACCAAUUGAAAAGUCUCCAUUAUUUUUAUAUUCUCUUGAGUGUCUAGCUAGUACCAGAUAUUAAAGGGACACUGAUCCCAAAUUUUUUUUCUUUUGUGAUUCAGAUAGAGCAUGCAAUUUUUAACAACUUUCUAAUUUACUCCUAUUAUCAAUUUUUUUUAGUUCUCUUGCUAUUUUUAUUUGAAAAAGAAGGCAUCUAAGCUAUUUUUGGUUCAGGCCCUGGACAGCACUUGUUUAUUGAUAGGUUAAAUUAAUCCACCAAUCGACAAGAACAACCCAGGUUGUUCACCAAAAAUGGGCCGGCAUCUAAACUUACAUUCUUGCUUUUCAAAUAAAGAUACCAAGAGAAUGAAAAAAAUUGAUAAUAGGAGUAAAUUAGAAAGUUGCUUAAAAUUGCAUGCUCUAUCUGAAUCACGAAAGAAAAAUGUUGGGCUCUGUGUCCCUUUAAAGAUCUCCUGCACUGAUCUAAGUAUUUUUUUUCCCAAAAUAAAUGUUAAGAAAUUAAUGCUUGAUUACUGCACGUUUUGUUUUUGCUGUGCUGAAACAUUACUACAGUGGGUACUGAAAAUAAUCACCCCCUUUGAAAAUAAUCACAUUUUGUUGCUUUGCGGCCUGAAAUAAAGACACACAGUUUUUGUUAA